GCCAAUGAUUUUUCCAGAAAAGAAUUUAGUUCUUUCACAACUUUCCUCCCAACAAUAUGUUCCUAUUCUAAAUCAAUCAUGCCUAAAGAGAAAGCUUCCAAGCGAAUCAACUGCGACAUCCGUUUCGACGACAAUCCCAAUGGAAUUUUCAAAGCCGGAGACUCGGCGUCUGGAUCGAUUAGUCUGACGUUGACUCAAGUGAAGAAGGUUAAAGGAAUAUGCUUAUUUAUAACUGGGUUUGCUGAAACCUUCUGGGACGAUAAGGUUCCGCAUGGCCCCAAAAACAAGAAAACUAAGGCUCACUUCAAAGGCCAUGAGGAUUUCAUAACGCAAAAGUCCUAUUUGGUUGGAUCGGAAACUGGAAGCCCGAUUGACCUUGUCACGGGUACUACGCAUUACUACUUCCGGUUCAAGGUUCCAUCAACGGCUCCCACCUCGUUGGAAGGAAAGUACGGUCAUGUAAGGUAUUUGGUGAAGGUCACUCUUGAACGACCUUGGAAGUAUGACCAGAACUUCCAAAUGCCGUUCACUGUGCUGGCUAAAACGGAUUUCGACGAAAGCAAUCCAAACCUUAAGAAUCCGGUGAAAAGGGAAGACCAGCUAAGAUUUUACUGUUGGAUUUGCAAAUCUGCACCGUUAAUGGUGAAGGCAUCGGUUCCCAAGUCCCUGUACGUUCCUGGUGAAUCAAUUGAAGUACAACUGGAAGUGAACAAUCUUAGCAAGGAGGACGUUUCCGAAAUCAUAGUAAAGUUUCAUAAAGUGAUCAAGUUCAUGAGCCAAGUCCAGGUGAUCGAAAGUACGCAGCUGUUUGCCGAAAGCAAACUGGUCAGAAAUGAGACGCUCGAAAUUCAGAAAACACUUCCGGUGGCCAGGCUAGCUAACGAAACUUUCCAGAAGCACUUCCUGGUGGGCCCGAUCACGCCGACCGAAGACCGACAUAGCAAGAUCAUCAAAAUCGGCUACGAGAUAGACAUACUGGUAAAGCCUAAACUAUCGACCCAGAGGAUACGCCUCACCAUUCCGAUUGUGGUCGGAUCCGUUGGAUUGAAGACGGAGGAAGUGCUGGAAAUUGCCAGAUCCUCGGGGGUCGCCAAGUUGGCGGAGGGCUUAAAUCGAGAUGAACCAUCCGCUCCACCGCCACCGUAUGCUGAAAAUGAGCCGAGUUUGUACCCGUUGGAUUCUUUGCAGAAGGCCUAUGAACGGGAAAGCAGCAGGGACGACUGAGAGCGGUG